AUCGGUAUUUUGUUUGACAAACGAGAAAGUCCACAACCUGCUCGCCUGCCAGCUUUCCGCACAGACGGACUGAGAAAUAGAUACACCGGAACAGAUAAGCAGCAAGUGUUCGUCAGUUUAAGCUUUGAGACACGGAUUUUGAAACAUGCGUUUGUUCAUACGCCGGCGCAUGAGCCCCCUGAAACUAGCCAUUCUUGGGGGGACUCUCUUCAUGGUGGUUCUGGUGGUUCUCCAGAGGGAUGUUGGCUCUUCACCUGCGGGGGACCCCUGGUUUCAGGAGCUGGUGGACAAGAGGGACAAGGUGAUAAUCAUGGUUAGAGAUGCGGUCCACAAUAUCGGCUUUCAAAUUGGAGCUCCACAGCCACCACCAGUGCAGGCACAGCCCACCCAGGACAUGAAAUGCCCCGAUGGAUUCUAUAGUCAGGCUGAGCUCAAGCCUCAUCUGGAGAGACCGCCGCAGGACCCCACAGGCCCUGGGGCUGAUGGGAAGGCCUUUCAACAAGACCACAUGACUCCGGAGGAGGUGAAGGAGCAGGAGGAGGGCAUGACCAGGCAUUGUUUCAACCAGUAUGCCAGCGACCACAUCUCGCUCAGCCGUGGUCUUGGGGAUGACACGAGGCCUACAGAGUGUGUAGACAGAAAGUUUCGUCGCUGUCCCCCUCUACCCACAACCAGCGUUAUUAUAGUCUUCCAUAAUGAGGCUUGGUCCACCCUCCUGAGAACGGUCUACAGUGUCCUGCACACGUCUCCUGCUAUAUUGCUGAAAGAGAUCAUCCUAGUAGAUGACGCCAGUGUUGCAGAUCACCUGAAGAGCCAACUGGAGGAAUAUGUACGUGAGCUGAAGAUUGUCCGCGUAGUGAGGCAGCUGGAGAGGAAGGGCCUCAUCACAGCCAGGCUACUGGGUGCUAGUAUUGCUCAGGGCGAAGUACUCACCUUUCUCGACGCACACUGUGAGUGUUUCCAUGGUUGGCUAGAGCCCCUGUUGGCCCGCAUUGUUGAAGAGCCCACUGCUGUGGUGAGUCCAGAGAUCACUACCAUUGACCUCAACAACUUUAGGUUCAACAAGCCUGUGGCCACCAGCCGCGCUUACAACCGAGGUAACUUUGACUGGAGUCUGACUUUCGGCUGGGAGCAAAUCCCUGAGGAUGCAAAGAAGCUGCGGAAGGAUGAAACCUACCCAGUAAAAACACCCACAUUUGCCGGAGGUCUAUUCUCAAUCUCAAUGAAGUACUUUGAACACAUUGGAACGUAUGAUGACAAGAUGGAGAUUUGGGGCGGUGAAAACGUGGAGAUGUCAUUCAGGGUGUGGCAGUGUGGGGGUCAGCUGGAGAUCAUACCAUGUUCUGUGGUUGGCCAUGUCUUCCGCACCAAGAGCCCACACACCUUCCCCAAAGGCACAGAGGUCAUCACCCGCAACCAGGUGCGCCUAGCUGAGGUCUGGAUGGAUGAUUACAAGCAUAUCUUCUAUCGCCGCAACAAGAACGCUGCAACUAUGGCUAAAGAGCACAACUAUGGGGACAUUUCUGAUCGUCUUAAUCUGAGAGAGAGGCUGAAGUGCAAAAACUUUACCUGGUACCUGGACACAGUCUACCCAGAGGUCUUCAUUCCAGACUUGACCCCAGUAAAAUUUGGAGCAUUAAGAAACUCAGGAUCUCAAACAUGCCUGGAUGUUGGUGAGACCAACCAUGGAGGCAAACCUGUGAUUAUGUAUCAGUGUCACAACAUGGGAGGCAACCAGUACUUUGAGUAUACGUCUCAUAAGGAGCUGCGUCAUAACAUUGGAAAGCAGCUGUGUCUUCAAGCCACACCUCAGCCAGAGCCAGUGAAGAUCGAGCCAUGCCAGCUAAAGGGGAAGGGAACCAGUUUGUCGCCACAUCAGGAGUGGGUCUUUACAGAGGAAAAUCUUAUAAAGAAUCCCAGUAGUGGGAAAUGUUUACAGCUACGAGGGGGACAAAUUCAGAUGGAACCGUGUAAUGCUGCUGACCUCAACCAGCACUGGGCCUUCAGCUGACCUCCCAGUGUCCUCAUCAGGUGAUCUGUGGCACCUUGUGUCCCCUUCCUCAGACUUGGCUUCUAAGAGCCAACUCAACAUUGAUCCAGCAGGACCUGCUGUGGAGCUUGGGGCAUUUGACCAUACUGAACAGUUAAAGAUGGAGGACAAAGUGAAGACAGUCACAACUGUUGAAGACACUUGAGUUGGCCUUAAAUUGUUUUAAAUUUAUUUAUGAUGAAAGCUCAGGAGAGACAUUUAAAGGUGGUUGGGGAUCUUCGGACCAAGGGCGGACUUCGCAUUCAGGAGUGGCAGCUUGAUUGUGGGACAACGGCUGUGGGCUGCAUUGAUCUUAAUUGAGUGCAUUUAUUUACACUCAGAACUGUAAAAUCACUAUUUAGUUGCAUUUUAGUCUGACAAUCAAUGUUGAAAUGUGAAAUGUGAAAUUAUUAAGUCUUACAAAGGAGUAAGAAA